AUGAAAAAUCCUUUCGCCUUUGUUUUAACAUUGUCAAUAUUUGUGUUUCUAAUAAGAUUUGGAUCGACUAAUCGAGAUAAUCGUAAUAGUAAAUAUUUAAAGACGUAUGAUGAUCCUGAAAAUGUGAACAAAACUAGUGAUUUGAAUGCGCUGAGCGUUUACAAGCAACCGGAAGUUUUUAAGAACAACAGCAUUAUACAGAAUAAUUACACAAAACCAAAUGAGACUAGAUAUCGUGCUGUGAUCGAAUCCAAGCAACUUCCAUUAAUAUAUAGCAAUAACACAGGUCUUUUAAAAUAUCACAAUUAUGGUAAUUAUCCUCCUGAAACGACAGUGAUUGCUAGAAAGCAUCAUCACGAGGAAGAAAGCCAUUCUUACGAACACGAGGGGUAUGAGACAGAGGAAAGCUACGAAAGCCACGAAAGUCACGAAAGCCAUUCAUAUGAAAUAGUAGAGCACGACAAAGAAGAUGGUCAUGAUGAACACGAUGAUGGACAUCAUCACCACAAGAAAAAGAAGGACAAGAAAAAGAAGAAGAAGAAGAAGAAAAAGAAAAAGUUCUUUAAAAAGAAGAAAAAAGGAGGAAUAAAGAAAAAGAAAAAGAAGAAAAAGAAGGGAAUGAUGAUGAAAAAGAUGAUGCUGCCUAUGCUGAUUGCAUACAAGCUUAAAUUCUUCACGCUAGUUCCUAUAUUCGUAGUUUAUUAUGACGAGAAUGGAGAUGUAAUUUAUAGAGAACCGACUGCAAUCAUCAAUGAAGAUCCUAACACGAUCCCUUAUGUAGAUCCAGUUAGACCCGUCGUCGAUGAAGAAGACGAUGGGGAAAUGAUGUUCAUUGAUGAUGUCAAUCAGAUUAGAAAUCCUAGUAAUAAUAAUAAUAAGAGGAAUAGAAAUAGAAAUAAAAAUGUAAGGAAUAAUAUAAAUAUUAAUAAUGAUAAUAAUCAAGUGCAAUCUGAUGACAGCAGUCCAGCAUUUUAUGAUGAUGAUGAUAGAAAUCAAUUAUUUUAUAAUGAACCUAGCGAUAACAAUCCAAUAGUUUAUUAUGGCAAAAAACCAACAAAAUUGAAGACAAAUGUCAAAAACAAGCGCAAGAGACCAAUGAAUUCAAAUAAUAAUGUUAAAAGUCCAUUGUUGCUGAAUAGCAAUAGAAGUCCAGUAACUUUCAAUCCUAAACAAAAUUCUAAGAAAAAAGAGAGUCGCAAAAAACCAAAAUUUGAUUAUUAUCAAGAUAAUCAAGACAACCAAAACAAUCAAGAGUAUGACUACAAUAACUAUCCUUAUUUAUACAAUUAA